UCGUCAUACACCGCGCAUGCUCGGAAUGCAUUGUUCUGUAAGAUAGUAGUAGAAACGAAAUGUUCUUCUGUUAUUUGAUUUAUGUUUUAAACGGUUGCGUCUUUUCCAGGCAUGUAUGAAAGUUUUGAGGUUACCGCGAAUGAAAACGAAUCCGGCGAGGUUCUAAAAAAUGGGAAGGAUUACGGUGCAGCCGAUUGCAAAAUGGAUACGAAACAGAAUGCAAAUCUUGUGUAUUCAGUGGACGAUGCUGUUAACAAAGUGGGUUAUGGAAAAUUUCAGCUGAAACUCACUUUAUUAGCGGGUCUCGGAUGGUUAGCCGAUGCCUUCGAAAUCUUCAUCUUAUCUAUUAUUGGAGAUUUCAUGGCCUGCGAUUGGACGUUAUUCCGGUGGCAAAUUGCUCUAUUGACAUCAAUCGUCUUUGCUGGCAUUAUGGUGGGAAGCCCUGUCUUGGGAGCCGUCGCAGAUGUCUACGGUAGGAAGCGGUCUCUUGCUGUGUCUUCUAUCCUCCUGUUCUUGUUUGGGGCAGUAAGUGCCGCGUCUCCUUCCUUCAUCUGGAUGGUAAUCUUCAGAUCAUGCAUGGGGUUCUCUCUGGGUGGUAUUGCGCAGGGAGUGACGUUAAACAGCGAGUACUGUCCUACUAAUGUUCGUGGAAGAGCUGGGUUCUUCAUAUGUUACUUUUGGUCUCUCGGAUCUCUCGGCGUUGUACUCUUGAUGUGGCUCGUAAUGGAAUUUAUUGGUAGUUGGAGAAUUCUUCUACUUUUUGCUUCUGUUCCUUGUCUCAUAGUGAUAAUGUCUUUAAAAUGGUAUCCAGAAAGUGCGAGGUUCUAUUUGGUGAGCGACCAAAGAGAACGAGCUGUGAAAAUUUUGGAAAUUAUGGCCACCACAAACUAUGAGGAGUUGCCCCCCGGUGAAUUGACGAAAGUGGGAUUGGAUUUCAAGAGAGGACGCCUCCAGGAUCUGCUUGGCAAAGAAUAUAGAAAAACUUCUCUACUCUUUUGGUAUAUAUGGUUUGCGACUGCCUUCAGUUAUUUUGGAAUAUGCCUUCUAAGUCCACUUAUUGUCCAGAAAGGGAGUUUAAUGACUGAUUAUGAAAAUGGAACCUUCAUGCAAAGUAUGACAGAUCCGGUUCCUUGUGCGACAUUCACCAGACAGAACUACAUUGAUAUGCUGUGGACCAGUGCAGCUGAAUUCCCAGGUUUAAUAGUUUUCACUUUCCUUGUUGAACACGUGCGUCGCAAGCUUCUCUUGAGCUCCGCUUGUGUCGCUAGUAGCUUGUCUAUCAUGCUGCUGCUUCUGAAAACGCAUAAAGCCAUUAUUCUCUCAUUCUUGUUCGCUGCUAGAGCUAUACUGUGUGCCAUCUUUCAACUCAACUACAUCAUGACAUCUGAGGCAUAUCCCACAACCAUUCGGGCAGUUGGAAUGGGAACGGGAACUGCAUUUUGCCGCUUAGGAGGGCUCAUUGUCCCUUACGUAGCACAAGUUUUGGUAAUCGAACAGCCAGUGGUUGCAAUUUGCUUGCUGGGUGGCUUGGUCUUGAUGGCUAGUGUAGCAGCAGCCUUUCUGCCCUUUGAAACAAAAGGAAUUGAGUUGAAGGAAUCCCACUCUGGAUAGUGAAAACGCAAAAGUGGAAUUACAAGCUUCAGACUCAAUGAUCCGAAGAAGCUGCUCAAAGUACACAUUUCUGAUGCCACCUGUUACUCUUUCAUAUCACAUUUGUUUGACUCUAUUUAUAGCAUUGCUUGUCAUAGUGACUGAGAAUGUGAUUCUUCUCUUGGGUUAUUGAUUUUCAUACUCAACAAAUUCAUAUUGUAUAAACAGAUAAUAUUUUCUUUCCCACAAGAUUUGCACGAUAUUUCUACAAAGGCUCAGAAAAGAAGUGUGAGAACUACUUGUUUAUUUUUUGUGGUAGAGAAUAUACAAAUCUAUAUAUUUAUUGUAACAAAAAUCCAAAUGAUUUUAAUAUUAUAUUUUUCAUAUUAAAUGGGUGUUUU